AUGCCAGAUAUCUCUUUCACCCCCGCAGACUGCCUCGGAAUCAUAUACCCCCAUGAAGACCCACUAGUGUUGGGCCUCGAAAUAGCAAACUUUCUGGUAAAGAGAAUACUAGUGGAUGGCGGAAAUUCAGCGAACAUUAUCUUCUGGGAAGCCUUCACUAAGCUCAAAAUAGACAAGAAGGAGCUCACGAGAGUCAACUACUCGGUAAUAGGAUUCUCCCGGGCCACGGUCUUUCCAAAAGGAAGCAUCAGGCUACUGAUACAGAUCGGAGAAGGCAGAGCCGUCAGAGACCUAAUGGUAGAUUUUCUGGUAAUCAAAGUGUCGGCUGCGUACAACAUCAUCGUUGGCCGCCCGUUCAUCCACGAUGCACAGGAAGUAGUAUCAACGUACCAUCUAACCAUGAUAUACAUGUCGAAUUUCGAAAAGGCAGAGAGAAUCCGAGGCAGUCAAGAAUCAGCAAGAUCGUGCUAUCUAACGGCACUUAAAACACAAGGCCGACUGACCCCAUCUAUGAACAUAACAAGGGAGGCGGCAAGAAAAAGACCUGCAGACAGCCAAAAAUCAAAACCAGAGGGUGAACAAUCAUUGUUACCCAAGAAGGAGAAAAGACAGAAACAGGAGACACCAAAAAUCGAAAUUAUUGAGGCAGAGGCUGCCCUACCCAGGCUAGAGGCCGGAGGGGAAGUUAAAGAAGUUGAGCUGGUGGAAGGAGAGCCAGGCAGAACGGUAAAGAUAGGAGUCGACAUUGAUCCAACGCUGCGGGUGAACAUGAUCAGUUUGCUGCGACAACACGCUGACGUGUUCGCAUUCUCGGCAGACGAAAUGCCGGGUAUAAGCCCAGAUGUAAUCGAGCAUCGACUGAACGUCGACAGAUCCGUAAGGCCGGUAAGGAAAAAGAAAAGAAACUUCUCAACGGAAAAAAAUCAAGCAAUACAGGAAGACGUAAACAAGUUACUGGCAGCAGGUUUCAUUGAACCAUGCGACUACCCGGAGUGGUUGGCCAACGUCGUAAUGGUUAAAAAGUCCAACGGUUCCUGGAGAAUGUGUGUAGAUUUCACAAACUUGACCAGAGCAUGCCCAAAAGAUUGCUACCCACUCCCGAGAAUCGACAGGCUAUUCGACUCAACAUCAGGCCACGCACUGCUCAGCUUCCUAGACGCAUUUUCUGGAUACCACCAAGUCAGCCUUGCGAAGGCCGAUAGGAAAAAAGCGGCGUUCAUCACCGAAGGGGGAGUGUUCAGUUACAAAGCCAUGCCGUUUGGGCUGAAGAACGCCGGAGCAACAUACCAAAAUCUAGUCGAUAGAGUUUUCGCAGAGCAGAAGGGUCGCAACAUCGAGGUUUAUGUAGAUGACUCGAUAGUGAAAAGCAGACUGGAGAGCGGCCAUGUGGAUGACCCCAGGGAAACAUUCGAAACUCUACGACAUUACCAAAUGAAGCUGAACCCCAAGAAAUGUGUGUUCGGGGUGAAAUCGGGAAAGUUUUUAGGUUUCUUAGUCAGCGAAAGAGGUAUUGACGCAAAUGCGGACAAGGUAGAGGCAAUACUCAGUCUGCCUCAACCAAAAAGCAUCAAGGAUGUACAAAGGCUGAGAGGAAAAAUGGCAGCCCUGACAAGGUUCGUUAGCAAGUCGGCGGACAAGUCGAUUCCAUUCUUCAAUACUCUUAAGCAGAACGGAAAGUUUCAAUGGGGAGAGAUCGAGGGAAGAGCCUUCGAGAAAAUUAAAGACCACCUUCGAACUUUGCCAACAAUAGCUAGGACGGAAGAGGGCGACAAGCUGCAAUUAUAUGUGUCCGCUUCACCCCAAACCGUCGCUGCCGUACUAAUCAUUGAGAAGGACAAAGUCCAACAGCCGAUAUACUUUGUCAACCAUGUUCUGAACCCGGCAGAAACAAGAUACCCACUGAUAGAAAAGCUAGCCUACGCAGUCUUGAUAGCAGCCAGAAAGCUCAGGCCAUACUUUGAUGCACACACCAUAGAAAUCCUGACGAACUUUCCUUUAGAGAAAGCUUUGCAGAAAAUGGAUACAGCCGGCAGACUGUUGCGAUGGGCAAUAGAGUUGUCAGAAUAUGAUCUAGAAUUCCACCCGCGCAACGCAAUAAAAGCCCAAGCUUUGGCCGACUUCGUGGUCGAAGCGUCCUAUCAGGAGGACGAAACAAAGGCAGAAUCCUUGGAAAUAUCAGUGGACGGAUCAGCCGCUCAGUCAGGCGCGGGUGCCGGCAUUGUCAUGACUUCACCGGCAGGAGACAAGUUCGAAUAUGCAAUCAGAUUCACUUUAACAGCUUCGAACAAUGAGGAAGAAUAUGAGGCAACCAUUGCAGGGGUGCAGUUGUGUUUAGCGGCAGACGCCAAAAAGGUAAUAAUGACAACCGAUUCUCAGCUGGUGACGAAUCAAUUUUCAGGAGCAUACGAAACCAAAGAGCCGUCAAUGCGACGGUAUCAAGAGAAGUUGAAAACACUCACAGCAAGGAUGGAAGCUUUUGAAAUCAUACUGGUCCCCAGAGCGAUGAACACCGCCGCAGACAGCCUAGCCAAGCUAGCCAGCUCGAAAGCAAUCAAACUCAGUAGAUCAGUAAUGAUAGAGGUCAUGCACAGAAGAAGUACGGAAGAGAAGGGGAAAGAAAUAAUGGUCAUCACAACAAACAAAGAAUGGUAA